CUCCGUCUCGCGUGUGAUCACCAACGCUGUAAGUGCGGUCCCGUCCACGGCAGACAAGAAACGCACCGGUUGCCACGAUGUUGCUGGUGGCAUUGGCCUGCCUCCUGCCACUGAUUACGCAUGCGAAGCAAGUUGAUGUGUGUAUUCAUAGGCCGUGCAGAAACGGAGGCACUUGCUUUAACAUUGAGGGUAGCCCUGGUUACAUUUGCCAAUGCGCAGAGCAGUACACUGGCUACACCUGUGAAACAGCUUUGACACUCUUCAUGCCUCAUGGCAAGUGUGUUGAGUUUCCCUGUCGGAAUGGUGGUUACUGUAUCGACAUGGUCUACACAUACAAGUGCCGGUGUCCAGUUGGUUACACUGGCGAGCACUGUGAGACAGGUCAGCAGCUCGCCAGGCAGGGUGUGCACGCAGCACCGAUUCGCCUGGUCACAAGACCGAGGCCUAACCCCUGCGCACGGCGACCAUGUGGUGAUUACGGGACUUGUGAGUCAAGCCGGACUACAUUCACCUGCAAGUGUAAUACUGGAUGGACUGGCCACACAUGUAAGACGAAGUUAGAGGUGGCAGCCUACCUAGGCAAGAAACUUGGUAACUUUGCAACUUUUGAUGAGGAUGUCGCAGGAGAGAUUUAUGCACUCGAUGAGAACACACUGUUCAUAAAGCGCUUCACGUAUGCUGGCAAAGCACCAGAUGCUUUUUUCUGGGCUGGCAGGAAUGGUGAUACACCCAGCGAUGAUGGAGAGUUGAUUUCACUGAAUCCCUCUGACCCACAACCCCUGAAAGCUUACAGUAACGAAGACUUGAUUCUACCCUUGCCCAGCGGACUCAAAGUGUCUGACAUUCGCUGGCUGUCAGUGUGGUGCAGAUCAUUUGCAGUGAACUUUGGCAGUCUCACAUUGGAGACAGGAGCAGCUGGACCAACACCACAGACAAUACGGCGUCUGCCGAGAGGUCCUCACAUGGUUGGCUCUGGACCAAUCACAUUGCUUACUGACAGAACAGUGGAAAUACAGGACUUUAGUUAUGAUGGCUCUGCUCCAGAUACGUUCUUCUACGUGGGUAAAGGCACCCCGUCCUCACGUGGAACUAAGAUACCUGAUGAAAAUGGAAGUUUAGAACCACUGAGGAGGUACAGACGUAAGACUUUGACACUGACCCUCCCAGAGGGCAUGAGCUGGUACGAUGUAGACUACCUGAGUGUCUACUGUUUGACUGCUGCUGUCAACUUUGGUCACGUUGAGAUCCCAGCUUCGAUAAAGCAGAGUAUUCUACCAUCAUAUGUAGCGCAACAGGUACAGAUGACUGCACCACAGGUAAUAGAAGGAAUUCCUCAUGGGCCUCACAUGGUUGGAUCUGGACCAAUCACAUUGCUUACUGACAGAACAGUGGAAAUACAGGACUUUAGUUAUGAUGGCUCUGCUCCAGAUACGUUCUUCUAUGUGGGUAAAGGCACCCCGUCCUCACGUGGAACUAAGAUACCUGAUGAAAAUGGAAGUUUAGAACCACUGAGGAAGUACAGACGUAAGACUUUGACAUUGACCCUCCCAGAGGGCAUGAGCUGGUACGAUGUAGACUACCUGAGUGUCUACUGUUUGACUGCUGCUGUCAACUUUGGUCACGUUGAGUUCCCAGCUUCAGUAAAGCAGAGUAUUCUACCACCAUAUUUAGCACAACAGGUACAGAUGACUGCACCACAGGUAAUAGAAGGAAUUCCUCAUGGGCCUCACAUGGUUGGCUCUGGAUCAAUCACAUUGCUUACUGACAGAACAGUGGAAAUACAGGACUUUAGUUAUGAUGGCUCUGCUCCAGAUACAUUCUUCUAUGUGGGUAGAGGCACCCCAUCUCCACGUGGAACUAAGAUACCUGAUGAAAAUGGAAGUCUAGAACCACUGAGGAGGUACAGACGUAAGACUUUGACAUUGACCCUCCCAGAGGGCAUGAGCUGGUAUGAUGUAGACUACCUGAGUGUCUACUGUUUGACGGCUGCUGUCAACUUUGGUCACGUUGAGAUCCCAGCUUCGAUAAAGCAGACACGAAGACUUCCGUCAUUUGCAGCCCAGCAGUCUGGUCUGAUAUCUCCUGUUGCUGCUCGUGGACGCCUGCUACAGAACUGUGAGACUUUUAGCGAUGGUGUCUUCAACGUUGCUUGGAGUGUUGCUCCUGGUUCCAUCUUCAUCAGUCUGAUGGGAGCUGUCAAUGCUGGCACCUACAUGUCAUUCGGCUUGAGUGGAAGCAAUCACAGUUCUCAGAUGGUCGGUGCAGACGUUGUUGUCGCCUGGAUCGAGAAAAGCACGGGUGCAGCAAGAGCUGUUGACUACAGUCUGCGCGACAGAUCGCAGUGUUCUGGGCAGAGUGGAGUUUGUCCUGAUAUAAGGGUAGGAGGGACCAAUGAUGUAGAAAACAUGGUUGGAAGCAUUACGAAUGGAAUAACAACCAUUACGUUCUCACGGAAGCUGAAAACAGGUGACAUGUUGGACAAGCAAUAUUAUAGUGAUGGAAGAAGUCAGUUCAUAAUAUGGGGCAUUGGCGAUGUUGAUGACCAAGGGAUUGUUUACAAACACAGUCUCAGAACACAAGGAAAUUUGAGGAUGAAUUUUGGCCGUAGUCCUGCAGACAAUUGCUCUCCUGUCCUGCCUCCCACAUCUACACUCAACGCAGCCACCACAAAAGGCUGGGAGCCAAGCAUCAUAUCUGGAAAAGAUACCAAUGAGUUUACGAUUCAGCUGGGUCCAUCCGGUGGCAGCCAGGGCUACACUGCAAUUACUGGUGAGUUGUCCUGGGGCAUUGCGUUCUACGUCAACGGAAUGUUGAUCCCAGAGCUGGUGCUGAAACGAGGCGAAACAUACAGAUUCCGAGUAGAGACUGGCAACAACCCAUCAUCUCCGGCUGAGUAUCAUCCUGUCUACAUUGCCGACGAUGCUACAGGUGGAUACGCACAGAGAUCUGAUGCCGAGAGAAGCCAGCUACAGAUCUACUUUGGCAUAGAUGCAAGUGGCAAUCCUGUACCAGAAGCAGCCGGCACUCUGUGUGAGUUCAUGAGUGGUGAUGGAGAUCCGGAGAAUUAUGCGACGUUUGAAGCUUACAAGGAGGCAGAGCUGAGCCUUAACUGUCACCGACCUAGGAAAGCAGGAGUGUUUACAUGGACACCUGACAGCAGCACACCUGAUCUUGUCUACUACCAGUGUUACCAGCACCGCUACUUGGGUUGGAAGAUACAUGUGGUGGACGACUUCAGUUGAGCCAUGCAAAGGAAAUUGUACAACAAAAGAUGACAGUAGCACGUGUAUGCUCUCCUAUGAGUAUACAUAUGUUCAUGACAAUGAGAAGUGUGUUAGUUUUAAGCUAUGCACUAGAUUAAAAUGUAUAGACACUAACAGUGCACACAAGGAGAGUAUACAGCUUGGGAUAAUAUAACAAAUGUUGAUGUCUGGAUCUAUGAUAUCAUAUGCCAUGCAUUCCCAUGAAUAUAAAAUUAAAUUAAAUUAUUUCUUGGGCCUUCUGCGUAGAGGCAUAUGUCUAUAAUAUUACGAUGUUAUCUACUAUGCUGCCAUAUUAAAAAUUUAGGAAGCCAUCACCAUUAAAAGGUGUUUAAAAUAGAUUUCUGUUUCGUUGCUAAACUCAGAAAAGUGACAACUCCAUUGGUACUACUGGUUGAAAAUUUAGUCGUCAUUAAAAUGGUUAGCUUAUGGUAGUGACAUGAUUCAUUGAAAUGAUGUAUUUAUCUCUGAUCGAAAGCUUUCAACUUCUGAUCAACAAUCGCCAAGUGUUUUUACUAAUUGCCAUCAUGUUAAUUUAAUUCACAUUUUUACGACCCGGUUUAUUAUUUUUAUAAUAAAUUUUACUAUAAUGUGAAUUUAAGUAGUGAUUGCGAUAACAAUCAAUCAAAUAGGUGACCAUGCUGACACAGAAAUUGCUAUUGAUCUCAUCAUACAGAGAGCUCUUCAUGUCAGCUAGUUGUGAUGCCUGACAAUUAAUUGUGCAGCAUAAAUUGAUGUGUAAUAUGGUAAUGCUUCAUCUUUAGUUCGAUACUGAAAUGUUUAUAUAAUGAUAGUUUGAGAAAGUAAUCAUGCCAUAUAAAAUGCCAUAUAUAAAAUGUUUUAUGCCAUAUAAAAUAUAUUGCCAAACUUUGGAUUCUACAAUAUUAA